GCCAAAUCAGCAAGACUCUAGACUUUUCUCAACUCAUUAAAAAGAGUGGAAAAAACCACUGCAACCACCAUUUCCAUCAAGCAACCUCUCACAUCAAGAAAUCUCAAGAAAAAAAUGGCUUCAUCAACUGCUUGCUUCUUGCAUUGCUCUUGCUCUGCUACAGCAGCAAGAACAUCUUCUAGAAGCUACGCGCUGCCGCCAAAGCCGGCCCGGCUGAUCUGCCGGGCCCAGAAGGAGGCAGCGCCCCAAGAACACGACGGCAGAGAUGCUGCCGUCGUGUCUCGGAGAUUGGCUCUCACUUUCUUGAUUGGUGCUGCUGCUCUUGGAUCCAAAGCCUCACCUGCUGAUGCUGCUUAUGGCCAAUCUGCCAAUAUUUUUGGAAAGCCAAAAACAAACACAGAUUUUAGACCAUACAGUGGUGAUGGUUUCACGCUCAAAGUGCCUGCAAAAUGGAACCCUAGUGGCGAAUUCGAGUACCCUGGCCAAGUCGUGAGAUUCGAAGACAACUUCGAUGCUGAGAGCAAUCUCGUUGUCACCGUCACCCCGACCGACAAGAAAUCCAUCACCGAUUUCGGCCCGCCUGAGAAGUUCCUCACUCAGGUGGACUAUCUCCUAGGGAAACAGGCCUACUUUGGUCAAACAGAUUCUGAGGGUGGUUUUGAGUCCGGCACAGUUGCAACUGCAAACAUAUUAGAGACGUCGACUCCGACGGUAGACGGAAAACAAUACUACUACUUGUCGGUGCUGACGAGGACGGCCGACGGGGAUGAAGGCGGGAAGCACCACCGGAUCACUGCCACUGUGAAGGACGGAAAGCUAUACAUCUGCAAGGCACAAGCCGGAGACAAGCGGUGGUUCAAGGGAGCCAGGAAAUUCGUGGAGAAUGCGGCAAGUUCAUUCAGCGUUGCUUAAGAAGAAACCAAAUCUUCAUAAUUAAGUAUUUAAUUUGAUCAAGAUGUGUACAUAAAAAUGAAAUACUACCUUCUUAACUUGACAAUC